GGGAAAUAACAGCAGAAGAGUUGCAGCAACGCUUGGAGGGGGCUAAGGAGCGUCUGGCGUCGCAGACUGAUCUGGAUAACAGAGAAGGUGAAGGUAGAACUGUUGGAGAUUCUGACGUUCUUGGAGAAAACUCACAUGGUGACUCUUUGCUUGAAUGGCUGAACACAUUUCGUCGCACAGGAAACGCCACUCGCAGUGGACAGAGUGGGAACCAAACCUGGAGAGCCGUGAGUCGAACAAAUCCAAACAGUGGGGAGUUUCGGUUUAGUCUUGAAAUCAACAUAAAUCAUGAGCAUAACAGUUUUGAAACGGCUAGUGAGGAGUAUGUGGGUAUAGAUAGUAGCAGAAUGUAUUUAGAAAGAAGACAUCAAAGAGCUGUCAGUCCAGUAACCCCACGAACGAGGAGCAGGACUGCAAGAGAGGCAAAUAGUGAGGCUUCAAGCACUGCAAGGACCAGGUCUGUAAGAAGUUCCAUGACCCAAAGCUCUGAAGCAGCCUCUCAUCCCAUCUCAGGGAGGCUCAGGAGUAGAACGAGGGAGUUGACAGGCCUUUCCCAAACAAAUACUACACGUAAUAAUUUUGCAGUUACUGGUGAACAAAGAGAAACGCCAGAAAGAGGUACUUCUACAGGAGUCACAAGAGGUAGAGCUAGAACUAGUGUUCGGAUGAGUACAAACCAAAGACUAGAAAUUUUGCGGCUGAGAUCUACUUUAAGUAGUCGAAGCCGCUCUCCGCUGCAAAGGCAAGGCAAUACUGCUCAUUCUGAGGAACAUGGGCAGAGGCAGGAUAGAAAUGCACAGCAAGUCAACAGAGGUAGAAGACAAGCAGCUCAGCCUUCUCCGCAGUCUGCUGAAGAACAAGCAAGAGGUAACACUCAGACUUCUCAGCUUUCCAGUGUAGCCCCAUCCUUGGGCAUAACUUUGGAAGAGGAGGAAUCUAGUAGGCCAGCAGCUGCUGCUAGAAGGCAUCCAACAAUUACAUUAGAUCUUCAGGUGAGAAGAAUUCGUCCUGGAGAAAACAGAGAUCGGGACAGUAUUGCCAGUAGAACUCGUUCUAGAGUAGGAAUGGCAGAAAACACAGUUACCUUUGAAAGUGACAGUGGGGGAUUUCGGCGUACGAUAUCACGAUCAGAACGUGCGGGUAUUCGAACCUACGUUAGCACUAUACGGAUACCUCUUCGUCGGAUUUCGGAAACUGGGCUUGGUGAACCUUCAUCAGUGGCUCUUCGAUCAAUCCUUAGACAAAUUAUGAUGGGCUUUGGAGAACUGAGUUCUUUAAUGGAAACUGAAUCUAACUCAGAAGUGCAAAGAGGUGGUCAUCACUUACCGGAUGUACAGUCAGAGCAGAAUAACUCAAGUUCAGCAAACAACAGCAGUGAUCCAAGUGAGGUUUCAUCUAGAAAUGGGCAUGCAGUAGAAGGCAGCAGGGAAACAAAUGGACAGGGUGAUGAUAUUCAACGCUAUGGUCGCAAUAAUGAAAACCAAGAUAACAGGCAGUCUCAAGAUGCUAACAACCUAGUGGAAAAUGGAACGCUGCAUGAAGAUGAGGAUGACGAUCGUUUAAGAGGUUUAACCAAAGAGCAGAUUGACAAUCUUUCUACCCGAAACUAUGGGGAUAUUCACACUGAAAAUGAAAUUAGUAAAACAUGUAGUGUUUGCAUUAAUGAAUACGUAACAGGGAAUAAGCUAAGGCAGUUACCUUGUAUGCAUGAGUUUCAUAUUCAUUGUAUUGAUCGCUGGCUUUCUGAAAACUCCACUUGCCCAAUUUGUCGGCAGCCUGUAUUGGGGUCUAAUGCCACAGACAAUGGCUAG